AUGGCUUCCAUCAUCGACCCCUACAUGUCCAACGGCACCUGCUACUUCGCCGCCGGCAAGCGCUCCCACUCGAGCUUCAUCCCGUGCGGCAACGACGCCAUCGGCCGCCAGACGUGCUGCAGCGCCGCCGACUUUUGCCUGUCGUCCAACGCCUGCUUUAAUGCCGAGUUCAAGCAGACGUAUCUUGCCGGCUGCACCGAUCCCCGAUACGACCAUGACAAGUGCCCUGUCAAGCCCAACCUGAGCAACGAGCCCUGGACCGGCCUCUCGUACUGCAACGGCACGUCCGAGGAGUGGUUCGCCUGCCGCAAGGGCGGCUCUAGCACCUUGCGGUCCGGUGAUCCGUGCUUCUGCCCCGAAGAGCCCCGCACCAUCGCCUUCAAGGACAAGUCGGUCCUGGAGCGCAUCGCCAGCCUGCCGAGGACCACGGGCUCGCGCAUCAGCUUCGAGCCAGACCACUACCCGUCGCCCCAGAUCGUCGUCGUCCCCACCACCAUCAAUGGCCAGUCCACGUCCGUCUCGAGCUCGGUGCCGCUGUCGACCUUGAUGACAAGCACAGGCACGGGUGGGGGUGCCGUCCCCGUCGAGACCUCCCCUUCGACUGACGCCGCUCCCCAGCCCUCCAGCGAUCUCUCGACAGCCGCCAAGGCCGGCAUCGGAGCCGGCGUCGCCUUUGCCGGCCUAGCCGCGCUCGCCGCGCUCUUGUUCUUCUUCCUCAAGCGGCGCAAGGAGGCCAAGGCCGACGGAGCCAGCGACUUUGGCGGCGGCGGUGGUGGUGGUGGUGGCGGCAACGCCAAACACACCACCGUCUUCGACCCGCACGCGCCGCAUCACGGCCACGAGAGCGGCGACCGCGGCGGCUUCGACUCCAAGAACCACGCCGGAUUUGACCGCUACAGCGACGCCCCGCCGGCUCAGCACGUCAUGCCGAGCCCUGUCACGCCCGCCGUGUCGGAACUGAGCGCUACUGCCGCCAGGCCGUGGAGCAUGCGCAGCGAGCUGCAUGGGAGCGAGCAACAGCCAAGCCCACGGGGCUCACCGGCCCCGCCCUCGUCGUCGCCGGACCAGCAGGGCGCAUACCGACCCUACAACCCGUCGCUCGUCCCUGCGGCGCUGGUGCCUGGUGGCAGCCACGCACAGCCGCAAAAUGUCAACAGGAAUGGGGCCCUCACACCAGUGGCCGAGCUGCCGUAG